AGGUGCCUCCCGGAUCCCAGCGCUCCCCCCCCCCCGGCGAUGGCGUCUCCCCGGAUCCUCAGCACCGUCCUGGCCCUGCUCAGCCUCCUGCUGCUCCUGGCCGCCCUGGGCGCCGACCACUGGCUGGUGGCCAACAGCCGCCUCGUCACGUCCUAUUCGGGGCUGUGGAAAGUCUGCGUCAAUUCGGGGUGUUGGAUGUUUGCUUCAGUGCCAGGUUACAUUGAGGCCACCAGGGCUUUCCUGUUCCUGGCCAUGAUCGCCGGGUUUCUCUCCUUCUUCGCUCUCAUCGCUUCGUUCUUCCGCUCCCACCUCGGCCCCGUGUCCCUGAGCCUGGUCUCUGCCGUGGGCAGCUUCAGCGCAGGGCUCUGUGCCAUGAUCGCGCUGGCCGUGUACACAGGGGAGUUCGCUGGGGCCGUGAACGUCCCGUCAGACCAAGUCACCUUCGGCUGGUCCUUCGGCCUCGGCUGGGCCUCCUUCCCCGUCUUCCUCCUCACUGGUGUGGUGACGCUUCGCACCCUGAGAGCCUCCUAGAGCCGAGUGUGGGGCCUGCGCUGCCCCCAUAGGGGCCGGACGGAGCCUGCGGUAUCCUGGGACUGAUUCCCCCAACAGCCCGGAGCAGAGAGCAGUGUGUGUGUGUGUGUGUGUGUGUGUCACCCUGGGAUCCCACAGACCCGUGAUCCCCCCACCCCAAGCCCCCCUUUCUGUUCCCUUCCUUUCCCCACAGCUGCUGCCAGACCCACAUGGAGAUUAAAGGGCCUGUUCUCAGA